UUUUCAGUUGCUUCCGUUCCGUUGUCCGUCUGUCCGUUGCUUUUCUUGGAUUAUUACUGGUUGUGGUGUUUCGGUGUUUGUAGUGUUCAAUUUCUUCUAAAAUAAUAAUAUUAAUCACGAUUUGCGCUGGAAAUUGUGAAAAAUGGACAUUGACAACGACAAUAAUUCGAGCGGCAAUCAAAGUGCAAGUGACAGCGAAGAUGAUAAGGAGUCAGUGAGGUCAGGGAAGAGUGCAGCUUCACACGCUUCGUCUUCUAAGCGAUCUCAUCGCAGCCGCAAGUCGGGCUCCAUUCGCUCGCCUGCCAGGUCAGAGUCUCGCUCGCCCUCGCCCUCCAGGAAUGGCUCAUUGGCAGCACGAUCCCGCUCCAAUUCUAGAUCCUCCAGGUCUAGAUCACCAUCUGGUUCAAGACAAGGCUCCCCGUCUCCUGACAGGUUGCAGAUUAGGUCCCAAUCAAAAUCGCCCUCUCGUUCAAGGUCUGCUUCCAAAUCACCAGCCAGGUCUAACCGAUCUAACUCCGAAUCGCCCGUCAGAUCUCGGGUAGGCUCUAAAUCUCCCAUGUCACGAUCUGGCUCAAAAUCUCCCCCAAGAUCCCCGGCCGGAUCAAGAUCUGGUUCCAGAUCCCCAGCUAGAUCAAGGUCUGGUCCAAGAUCCCCAGCUAGAUCAAGGUCUGGUUCAAGAUCCUCUGCUAGAUCAAAGUCGGGUCCUAGAUCUCCUGCUAGAUCAAGGUCUGGUUCAAGAUCCUCUGCUAGAUCAAAGUCGGGUCCUAGAUCUCCUGCUAGAUCAAGGUCUGGUUCAAGAUCCUCUGUCAGAUCAAAGUCGGGUCCUAGAUCUCCUGCUAGAUCAAGGUCUGGUUCAAGAUCCUCUGCUAGAUCAAAGUCGGGUCCUAGAUCUCCUGCUAGAUCAAGGUCUGGUUCAAGAUCCUCUGCUAGAUCAAAGUCGGGUCCUAGAUCUCCAGCUAGAUCAAGAUCUGGUUCAAGAUCCUCUGCUAGAUCAAAGUCGGGUCCUAGAUCUCCAGCUAGAUCAAGGUCUGGUUCAGGUUCCCCUGCUAGAUCAAGGUCUGGUUCAAAAUCUCCAGCUAGAUCAAGGUCUGGUUCAAGAUCCCCCGCUAGAUCAAGGUCUGGUCCAAGAUCCCCUGCCAGAUCAAGGUCUGGUUCAGGAUCCCCUGCUAGAUCAAGGUCUGGUCCAAGGUCCCCAGCUGGAUCAAGAUCAGGCUCGAAAUCGCGGUCUGGUUCUAGAUCGGCCUCUCCCACCGGAUCACACAGGGCACGAUCACGUUCCAAGUCCGGCUCUGUACGUUCUCGGCGCUCCGGAUCUGGGUCAAGGUCGGGCUCGAGAUCUCGUUCAGUGUCAAGAGCCAGGUCCGGCUCCCGUUCACGAUCACGAUCCAGAUCCAGAUCGGGUUCUCCUAGACAGAAGGCUCGAUCAAGAGCCAGCAGGUCCAGGUCCAGAUCCAGAUCACGUUCCGGAUCACGUGGACGUCGCAGUAACCAGAAUUCUGACGCCGAGGAAGUAGAAGAAAGGAACUCAAUUGUGGAUAGUGACAACGAAUCAGAUAAAGAAAAACAGCAAGGUGGUAAAAGUGGAGAUGAAAGCGACACGAGUAGAGUAGUAAAGAAAACAAAGAAGAAGAAGAGAAAGAUGAGUGAUGAUGAGUCUGGAGGUGACUCGGACGGAAACGAGAGCGACGCUUCGAGCGCGAGUCGACCGAGCAAGCGCAAGAAGAAGAAGAAAGCCAACAGAGCGGUGCUUGACUCUGACGAUGAUGGGGAGGGGGAGGGGGCUGGUUCUGGUGACGAGUCUUCGUCCAGAAACAAGGCCAGUAAGAAAAAGACUGCUCUGUCCGACUCAGAGGAUGAGGAUGAUGCUAAGAGCAAAGCGGAUGAUGACGAAGAAGCGAAAUCGGGGCGAGAAGACGGUGACGCCGAGGAGAAGGCGGAAGGAGAUGUUGAGCAAAAUGCUGACGGCGAAAAAUCAGAGGUGCUACCAAACAUAUCUGAUGAAUCGGACGACGACAGACCUAAUAGAGAUGACGAUAAUACCCAUGGGAUGUCUGAUUUCGAUAUAAUGCUGAUGAAAAAGAAAGAACUGACGAAGAAAAGGAAAAGGAAAGAUAUUGAUAUCAUCAAUGACAAUGAUGACAUUAUAGCACAACUCUUGUCUGAUAUGAGAAACGCUGCUGAGGAGGACCGUAACUUUAACCAGCAGGGCCGACCAGCGACGAAUAAGAUAGCGAUGCUGGCGAAGGCGAUGUCGCAGCUGAAGAAGCACGACCUGCAGCUGGCAUUCAUCGAGCACAAUGUGCUGACUGUGCUCACCGACUGGCUGGCACCUAUGCCCGACCGAUCCCUGCCCUCGCUCCGCAUCCGCGAGUCCAUUCUCAAACUGCUCAGGGAGUUUCCAUCAGUAGAUCAGUCAACUUUGAAACAAUCUGGUAUCGGCAAGGCGGUCAUGUACUUGUUCAAACAUCCCAAAGAAACUAAAGAGAACAAAGAGCUGGCCGGACGAUUAAUUAAUGAAUGGGCUCGACCUAUAUUCAACCUAUCUACAGAUUUCAAAGCUCUAAGUAAAGAGGAGAGAAUGCAAAGAGACUUGGACCAGUUUUCAAAGAGGAGACGCAACUCUGAUGAUGAAGAUGAAGAGGAAGUGACUCCGCAAAGGAAGAAGGACAUAUCCAAGGCACUCACAACAGAUGAAAAAGCGCUGCGGCCCGGCGACAAGGGCUGGGUGGCCAGAGCCAGAGUCCCGAUUCCCUCCAACAAAGACUACAGGGUGCGGCCCAAAUGGAAGACUGACGUCGACAUGAGCAGGGUGCGUACUUUAUUUAGUUACCAAACAAAUUUAUCACUUUCCUCUAUUCUUAGUGCUAAAAGCUAGCAAUUGCUAAUUCUA